UCUCAGGUGAGUCACUUGGCCAGUGUCGUCACGGGCCACAGCUCUUUGUGGUGAUCAACCUUUGGAGUCUUUCGAUUACGAAAUUGUCACGGACGGGAAAGGCUCGACAUGUCUUGACUCUCGCCGGAUGUUCUCCCGUUCGAGUGCAUUUGCGCAAAGUACAACACGGCCUAAACUUGGGUUAACCGCCCAGGAAGAGAUUUGUCGCUCAUUACUGGCCUCGCUUUCGUUGCAGGUGGCGCCCGGUAGCCGAUUUCCAACCUUGCUGAAUUGUUCUUUUUAAACGAUGGAUCCACUGGUGCUGCUUCUGCUCUUUCUGGGGUGCGCGUCCAGCCAGGAGACGGCUGAGAAGUGUUCGGGCAAAUUUAAGAAAGGCCGGGAGGAUUUUGUGCUGGACGUCGACGAGUCCGUGAACGACGGGGCCACCUUUAUCUCGUCCCCCAAACUGGAGCGCUCCAGAGACUGCGUCGCGGCCUGCUGCAAGGAGCCCAAAUGCAAUGUGGCCUUCAUGCAGGGGGGUGCUGAGGAGAACGCCAUCAAAUCCUGCUUCCUCUUCGACUGCCUCUACAAGAAGAAGUACGCCUGUCGCUUCGUCAGGAAGAAAGGCUACUACAACUACAUCCUGGACUCGGUCUAUGAGAGCUACCUGGAGGUGGAUCGCCCACCAAAGGAAACGGACCGUCCACCGGUGGCCAAUGGCGGCCAGGACCGCGUGGUCCAGCCUCAGGACAGCGUGAACCUGAACGGCUUGGAGAGCAAAGAUGACAAAGGGAUCGAGUCUUAUAUGUGGCAAAUGCUCACUGAGUAUCCAGAUGCUGUCAUUGAGAAAACCAAAUAUUCCGACCAGAUUAUCGUGUCCAAUUUGACGUCGGGGAUUUACAAAUUCCAGUUGACCGUCACAGACACAAUUGGUCAGUCGGACUCGACCAAGGUCACUGUUCUGGUUCUUACACCUGAACAGUCGGAACAUCACUGCAUGGCUCCAAAGAAGAUUGGACCAUGCCGUGGUGCUUUCCCUCGGUGGCACUACAACGGCGCUUCAGAUAGGUGCGAGGAGUUUGUAUUUGGGGGCUGCAGGGAAAACCUGAAUAACUAUCUUUCCAAGGACGAGUGCACAAAUGCAUGCUAUGGCACAGAAAAAAGGGGUUCUGGUAGAGGUUUACCACUUCCGGAUCAGCGAGAAAAGUGUGGCGUUGCUUGCACUGCAGAGCAGUUCACCUGUGCAAACGGCUGCUGUUUGGAACCAGGCUUGGAGUGCGACUCAACUGCUCAAUGUAGUGACGGCUCAGAUGAAAAGAAAUGCGAGGACUUGGACAACACAUUUCAGAUUUUGCUGAAGAUUCCAGUAGAUGAGCAAAAAGUGCGGUGCACUGAGCCUCCAGAGACAGGCAGCUGCAGGGACACGCUCACUAAGUGGUACUACAACCCUCUCCAGCAGGUCUGCUAUCGCUUCAACUACGGUGGUUGCCAGGGAAAUGAAAACAGAUUUGACUCUAAGGAGGCCUGUGUGAAGGUCUGCAGAGGGGUGACAGAAAAAGAUGUGUUUGCAAGAAAACAGGAGUUUGAGCGCAGAGUGUCUGGAAGUCAGACAGGCGUUAUAGCAAUAGCUGCCAUCCUGGCUAUAGCUAUCGUCAUCCUAUUGGGCAUUCUCCUGUACUGCUUCAUGAAGGGCAAGAAGAAGUCGUCGCAGCAUCACCGCGUGCCUGUCAAUAACGCUCCACUCACCACCAUAGAAGACAGGGAGCAUCUUGUCUACAACAGUACCACCAAGCCCAUCUGACCCCACUGUUUGCGUGGUAAAUGACAGCAGUGUCCAGAGCCGCAUCAUUUACUGAAUGAACUCUGAUUGAUGGAAGAGACAACAAUGUCUUUUCACGCCACGAGUGGAGUUGUUUUGUGUGUGUAGUUUUUAUAGGCAAUGUGUACAGGAGACGGUGUCUUGGAAAAUAUGAGAUGUUUAAAUAUUUGAUUUUCAGUAAGUUUGUUUUAACUGUCUUUAUGACUAACAGCUUGAGUCAUUUCACCUGUUAAAUUAACUCCAUAUACUCAAUUUUCCCCAGGUAUAUAAUGGUCUGUUACUGAAAAGUAAACCUUAAAACGGAAUACUUGAGUUUCAUGUAAUGUUCCUUUAACUGACAUCUCCUGUCUGCCGGUUAAUGUUUUUUCUAUUUCUUUGUUACUCCCUUGAAUAAUCGGAAUAAUAUAGGAAUAAUCCAUAAUCUUGAUCUUAGUUUUAGGAAUGUUGUUUUGUGUUUAAAGAUGUUUUUAUAACAAGCAUAAUGCAUUCAUCUAUGAUAAUUCAUACCUAAAUAAAGCAGCCUUGCUUAUC